CGAUAAUGUGUAACAACUCGUCUAUUGGAAAGGGACAUUAGUGGGGGUUUGUGUUCGUCAUGUUUUUAAAUGUUCUGUUGCUUCUAGAUAUUGACGAGUGUCUUUUAGAGAAAACGUGUGCUACAAAUGCCAACUGCACCAAUACAGGUGGAUCAUACACAUGUACGUGUCUGAAUGGAUAUUCUGAAGAUGGAGUAACAUGUGCAGCGGCUGAUACGGGUGAACCUGAUUUGACUGGCACGAUUGCUGCAGUUGCUGCAGGGAUUGCUGUGCUAAUCAUUUUGAUUGUAAUAAUCGCAGUCAUUGUGAUAAGACGAAGACUACUGGCAAAGCACGAGGAUGACGGACAUAAAGAAGGAACAGACAUCAGUGUCCCUAAAUCGAAGAAAGAAAUCAAGGGAACUGAAGUGACAGUAGAAAAGAAAGCCACGCGGAAAACCGAUUCCACUAUAGAAGAGGUGGACGAACAGGACAACAUUGGGGCAGACGGGUCAGAGUACUACAACAUUUCUGACUUCAUCCUGCCAGAGGGUGGAGUGGUGGUCAGCGAACUGCCUCGCAUUAUUGAGAACAUCAGAAACCAAACUGGUGGUUUUGAAACAGAAUACAAGAAAUUGCUGGAUGGAUUUUCUUCUUCCUAUGACGAAUCGCAGAUCCUAGAAAACAAGACAAAGAACCGAUAUGUGGGCUAUUAUCCAUAUGACAAGAAUCGAGUGACUUUGACAAUGUUGCCAGGAAUCUCAAACUCCGAUUACAUCAAUGCUAGCUAUCUUGAUGCCUAUACAGAGAAGGAUUAUUUCAUUGCUGCUCAAGCUCCAAACAAGAAAACUCUGCCUGAUUUCUGGAGAAUGAUAUGGGAGAAGGAGUGUGGACAUAUCAUAAUGCUGACCAACCUUGUUGAAGCCACCAAGAGAAAGUGUGAAGCCUAUUGGUCAGAUACGGAGACGAUGACCCUUGGAGCCUUGACAAUUGCUGUCACUGAAAAGGAAGAACGAAGCGAUUACGUAUACAGAAAAUUCUUUGUCACACACAAAAAGUCUGGAAAGUCCAAGACAUUUCAACAGUUUCACUUUACGGCGUGGCCCGACCAUGGAGUUCCCAAUGUUCAUGACUUCAUACAGUUUUUGUACAGAGUUCGUGAAACAAAACCAAUACUUCCUGGUCCGGUCCUCGUACACUGCAGAUAG